UUGAUGUUAUUCAGGGCCAUGUUACGUUAGAUGAAUUAAUGACUAGAUUAAUCCAUUCUGUAGAAAUAUUCCAAGAACAGCAAGCAGCUGAUAUAUCAGAAGAGCAAGAGAGAACAAAUAGAGAAAUGAUAAAACAACAACAAGAUGCUGAUUAUGAAGAAUCAUUAGCAGCAGAUAAAGCUAAGGCUGAAAUACAGCGAGAAGAAGAAGCUAAAAGACAAGCUGUAUUAGAGGUAGAAUUACAGAAACAGAGAGAGGAAGAAAGAUUACGACAAGAAGAAGAAGAUGCCAAAAAGGCCAUUCAGCGAACGGUGUCUAGAUCGUUAGCAGUUGAACCACCAGAAGAUGCCACCUAUCCUAUCAGUGUUAUACGAUUCCGUGUAAAGGGUGGAGAUAUAAUAAACAGACGCUUUCGGGCAGACGACACAAUUCAAACUCUUCUUAAUUUCUUAAUAACAAAGGGCUUUCAUACUGAAGAAUAUAAAGUUUUGACAACAUAUCCCAGAAGAGAUAUUACGCAGUUAGACGAAUCAUUAACAUUAGAAUCUGCGAGAUUAUUUCCACAAGAAACGUUGAUAUUGGAGGAGAAGUGAAGAAUGAUAUAAACUCUCUCUCUCACGUGUGUGUGAUUGUGAUGGAUGGUAUGAUGUCUGAUUAUACAGCGUGAAAUACUGACUGUGAAGAAUGUGAUAUGUAAAUGUGAUGUCCUCUUAUUUUACGUACAGACUAUGAAACCUCUUUGAUUUAAACGAGGGGGUUGGAUGGCUGAAUGGUUUGCACAUGCGCGCUGUAUCAUACGGUCUGUCAUUCAGUCAACUGCCGUGGUUUCGAUUCCCUGGUUGUAUGUGACAUGGAGUAGAGUCGCAAGUCCAACCUUGUGGGUUUUCUCUGGGUCUUCCGGUUUCCUCCUACUGCUGAAGACCCCUAUGCGCAAGCGAAUUAUUGAAAUAAAAUUGAACCAUGUGUUAGUCCCGAAAUGACAUAGAUUGUGUGGAAUGGAGGUUAAACCCCAUCUCUCUCUCUCUCUCUCUCUCUCUCUCUCUCUCUCUCUCUCUCUCUCUCUCCACAAAAAUAUAUCUCGGAUUUCUCCUUUAAUUUUGCUUAAAUCAAAGAGGUUUUGUACUUUUAAAUGAACAUUACUGCCAUAGGUAGAGUUGGUUUUGUUAUAACUUGUUUUGCAUUUAUCUGAAAUAUUUUCAACUUUCAAUGUUCUUGUUAACGGUUUUCAAUACUUGGGUAGAAAUCAGAGACCUUAUUCAUGCAAUCUGAUGAAAACACAGAUCCUAUUUCGUUUCGUUUUUUAUAAUUCAUAAUUGUCUUUACUACACUAGGAUCUGGAAGAGUUGUUAUAUAACCUGUGUUCUGGAUGAUGUGAGGGAUUAGUCGGUCAGAUCUUCAUAUAGCAGAGGCCAUUGAAAGUAUAAAAAAACGAAAUGAAAUAUAAAUCUGUAUUUUGAUCAGAAUGUUUUUCAUGAAAACGUAAACUAAUAUAGUGACCACACAACUACAAUUUUACCCUCUCUUUUUAAAAUUUAUGAAGGUUCAGACAGUAGUAGAUAGAAUAUGCCUUGAAAUUUAUUUGCAAUCCCAUAAAAAUGUAAACUUUAUUACACGUAGGGGAAUACUCAAUUGAACGCUUUGGAAUUUGAGUACCUGUGAAAAGUGCGUCCUGUUUCAUUAUAUUUAUUUCUCAGUAGUUAUAUAAUUUUGUUAACUAUUUAUUUAAAUAUUAUUGAAUGUUAAUUUAUAUACAGUUUUGUUACGGUCCCCUAUUACUAAUGUCAUCACCACCUACAGGGGCACACAAACUUAUUUUCCCCAGGGGAGGUGCACCAUCAAAAAAUCGUAAUUUUUAAAUGACUCAAUUGAAUAUUGAUUUGUAGGUCUCAUUUUAGUUUGAUUGAAUGUGUAAUAGACUCCGGCAACCGGAACAUUACUUGAAAAAAACUCGGCAAAAAAGUUGCCCCCCACCCCUGUUGUGCACCCCUGAGCACCACGAAUUCCAAAACACAAUUUCUAAUCGCACACUGUCUAUUUUAUAUUCCAACAUUAUAAGUGGGUUUCGGUGGAGGAAAUAUCGUAAGAGUUGUUAUCUAUGCAAGACAAGGGUUUGAUUCAGGGUUAAUACUUGGAAAGACGUACAGUCACCUGCCUAACCUUGUGGGUUUCCUAUGGGUACUAUAGUUUACUUCCACUGCUAAAGACUACAACAUGUAAGUGACUUAUUAAAAUAAAACUAUAAAUACUAUAUGUUAGUCCCAAAAUCCUGUUUUUCUCUCUCACUCUCUGACAAACAUGGCUUCUAUAUUUACUAGUAUUUUUUUAAAAAACAAAAAAGAGCCAAAAUAUUCUCAAAAUUGGGACAGAAAUAAGUCGCAAAAAGCAUGAGGUAAUUACAGGUUGUAGAUCUCGUUCCUGAAGCAACGAACGCAAAUUUUAUAACAAAACAUGUACAGGGUUAAAACGAAGUCUAUUAUAGUCUCGGUCACCCAGAACUUCCUAGUCUUCAACGUACAGAGGGUCUGGGGCCGUUGUCAAUAUUUGACGAAAAGUUCCCUUCCUGUGCAUAACCAGGAGGUUUUUUUUUAUGUGGUUGAUUAUCCAGUAUCUUUGGCCAAGUCAAGUAAGAGUUGCGCCCCUUACCACAAUAAACCUGUUAUUUCUUGCAUUAAUAUAAACAAACAUGAAUCGGGACGGUGAAUUAGGAUUAAUAAAAAAAACCAUAGAUAUGGCACAUGAAGAGAGAAAUUUUACAAUAAAAAAAAUUGGAUAUUGAACUGGCAAUGCAAUCAAAUGGAUUUUCUGAAAUGACAUUCUUAAAUUAAUUUCAUCUUGUUUUAGGACUAGUUACCUCCCUUUGUUUAUGAUAUGUAAAAGACCGGAUAAUCUAGCCAAUGACCUGUUUAUCUCAAAUGUUGACAACGCAUCCAGACUAAUAUUUGUAGAAUAUUGUUCUGGAUGAUAGAGACUAAGUCUAUUGACGAUGGUUGUAGAUAAACCAAUUGAAAUCCAGAUUUUUAUAAAUGACAAUGGUCUGAUUAGUGGCUUCAAAGAGCAUCAACAAAAUUGUGUUUUGUAAUUUAAGUGGUACAGACAUUAGUUUAUAUUGUAUUUAGGUAUAAUGUUUAUUUUUAUGACAAGGGUUGAAUUAAACAUACAUUAUCCAAGAGCUAAAUCUGCCUAUUGAAGGUCUUUCUUUAGGCCUGAAAUGGUAUCUAAAUUAUUAAUUAGACAUUAAUUAACUUAUCCAGACCAUAAUCAACUCUCGGUGGCAUCAAGUUUCUCCGAUAUUAAAUAGAUUAGAACGAUUCAGCCAUAUUUUGAUUUAAUUUAAAAAUGGAGGAUCGAGACUUGGAUUCGAACAACCAAUAUGGUGGUUGAAAUUAUUGCACACGUCUUGUCAAGGUUAAUAUCUUUGCUCGCAAUAGAGUAAUUUGAAUGAAAUUUUUUAAUUAUUAAUUUUACAUUAUUAUCUAUUUUUGGACUAUUAUAACAAGAAAGGCCAGCUCUUUAUCUAAAUCUUACAUAAUGUAUGUUUAAAUAAUAUGGGAGGUUAAGUAUCGAUAUCAGGGAUAAGUUUGAAUAAUUUCAUGAUCUGGUCAAUAUUCUUCCUUUUGUUUUUAUGAUAUUAAAAAUUCAUAGCAAUAAUGAAAUGAAAUGGGGUUUAACGUCUUACUGUUCUGUUUGACUGAGCUAAUGAAGAUGGGCGUAUGCCCCAAGUGACAAGGAGUAGGGUCACCUGUCCAACCACAUGGGUUUUCUCUGGGUCUUCCGGUUUCCUCCCACUGCUAAAGACCCCUAUGCAGAAGCGAAUUAUUGAAAUAAAAUUGAACUAUAUGUUAUUCCUGAAAUGACCUAGUUUGCCUCUCUCUCUCUCUCUCUCUCUCUCUCUCUCUCUCUCAUUCUCUCUCUCUCUCUCUCUUUUCAUUGGGGAGUUGGAUGGCCGAAUGGUUCUCAUGCGCCAUGUAUCAUAAGGUCUAUAAUUGAGUCAGCUGGCGUGGUUUCGAUUCCCCGGUUGUACCUGACAAGGAGUAGGGACAUUCCAGGUCCUUCGGUUUCCUCCCACUGCUAAAGAUGCCUACGCGCAAGUGAAUUAUUGAAAGAAGACUGAACUAUAUGUUAGUCCCGAAAUAACCUAUCUCUCUCUCACUCUCUCUCUCUUCAUUAGCCCAGUUGCUGCAGAAAAGUAGGACGUUAAACCCCCAUUUCAUUUUCCCUUAUAAUAAAUGUCAUGAAUUUAUGUGGAGUUUAUUUAUAUCACAAAUGAAUGUGUUAAAAUCUCAAUCAGAUUAAAACACAGAUCCUAUUUCGGUUCGUUUUUCAUAUUUCUAAAUUUUGUUUCACUUGUCUUUACUACACUAGGAUCUGGAAGAGUUGUUAUAUUACCGGGGUUCUGGUUGAUGUGAGGGAUUAGCCAAUAAAACAGUCUGUUACAGCAAGUUUUUGGCGUGGGGUGCACAGAACUGUGGAUAACCCACUAGAAACAUCAACGCUGAUUGAUUAAAUCAAAUGUCUGACGUCAUAGGGUCAAAAGCUGCUUGUAUGACCUCUGACGGACCUUCCACUACAACCAGUCAGAUCUUAUGUAGUGGAGGCCAUCGAAAGUAUAAAAAAAAAACGAAAUAUACAUCUGUAUUUUCAUCAGAUUAUUUAUAUCUUGACUUUGAAACUUUCUUUUAUGUUCCUGAGGCCUUGAAAUCAUGAGAACUGAAGACAUUUUAAGGAUGCAGCACUGUAACUCAGGUAUCAUUUAAUCUUGUGUAUCUAGCACUAAAUUCUUUCAUAUUCAUUCAAUAUCAAAUCAUUAAAAAUACCCCAAUAUCAUCUAAUUUGUACUUGUGUCCAGUUUAAAGCUGACCGAUUAAUUUUGCUAAUGAGUGUCCAAUUUACUAGUAUUUAAUUUCCUGAUCACUGUUCAAAAAUUAAUCAUUAUACAUCAAUAAUCAAUUGGUUAUUUAUUUUUUAACAGUGAUUGAAAAAUUAAACACUUGUAAAUUGGACACUCAUUAUCAAAAUUAAUCAGUCAGCUUUAAACUGGACACAAGUACAAAUUAGAUAAUUUUUGGUGAUUUUAAACGAUUUUUACGAAUUUAAAUGAAGAUUUGACAUUGAAUGAAUGCGAUAGAAAUUAAUGCUAACUGCACAAGUUUAAAUAAUACUCUGAUUACAGUGAAGCUUUUUAAUUGGUUGGGGGUUAAAAUCUUAAUACAAAUUUUAACUCUUGACCAAUGAAAAAGCUGCUUUCUUCAAAUAUUGAUGUUUUUAUGAAUAAGUUCCUGUUUUACAAAGCCAUGAAAUUAUUUGUUUCGGGGUAUUUUACUGAUAUGUAAAAAUAUUCGGUGCCAUAUGAUAAAAAAUAUAUUGAUAAAGCAGUGGUUGUGAGCAUUAUUUGUAUUUAAAAUACAAACGUCAUGUCAUCCUUUGAUGUUGGUGCACCUUUAUUUGAAAUAAUGGUUUAGCCAACGCCCCAAGCGUACAUUUAUUAUACUAGUUUAAAUUUUGGACCUGCGUGACGUAUUUAAUUGAAAAGCAUGUGCGAGUGUCUGUAUUUUAAGUUGUUUAAUUGUCUCGUACUUAAGACAUUGAAUACCUGGUUUUACGUGACAAGGAGUAGGGUCGCCUGUCCAAUCUCAUGGGUUUUCUCCGGGUCCUCCAGUUUCCUCCCACUACUAAAGACCCCUACGCGCAAGUAUAUUCCCUUUUUCAUUAUCUAGUUUUUAACUAUUAUAGUGAGAACUCUCAACUCUUUAUCUAAUCCCCCAUAAUGCCCCUUUAACAUUAUAGUUAAAUUUAUUCAUUGAUACAGCGCAACAAAAUCCAGCCAAUGGCUGCUUUAAGGCGCUUUACAAAGAUUGGACAUAGAAUUUAUAUUUCUUUAAAACAUUACGCUAUUAAAAUAUCAUGAAUCAACAUAAACACGGUAUUACACUUUGGAGACGUGUGGGGUGGGGUUGGGGUUGGAUGGCCAAAUGAUUAGUGUGUGCACGUUGUAUCAUAAGGUCUGUUAUUGAGUCAACUGGCGUGGUUUUCGAUUCCCCGGGGGAAAUGACAUAGUUUGUGUCGAGUGGAGUGGACGUUAAACCCCUUCUCUCUCUCUCUCUCUCUCUCUCUCUCCCUCCCUGUUUUAUCCGAUUGACCUGGAUAUAUUUAGCGAUAUCUCAGCCAAAUUGCUACUUACUAGUCACGUUGGGAUUUCAAAAAUUUUCUUGUAGCAGAUUUUUACCGAAAAUAAAGGGGCAUAACUCUUAACGUCAAUUAUGCUUGCGGUUUUAGACCACAAUGUAAAAAAAUAUAGGUGCACCUCGUUAUUUUUCAUAUUUAAUUCCUAUGCUUUAUUCAAAUUUAUGUCAGUAAUAUUCCUACAAAAGCAUGUGUUGUCGUUACUACGCAUUUCGACGUGAUGCGUCACAACACACUGAUCAGCAGUGAAUUUUUGCUAGGCCGCUAGAAUCAAUGAUAAGGAUGACAUCGAUGCGACUGAAUGAGUCCCAAAUAUUAACUUUUUUCUUCCUUCAAAUUAAAUUCUAAAACAUUUUUUUUUCAUUUAUUAGAAAAAUAAAUAAAGACGUUUGAAUUGUUUGUAGGUAAAGAUCAUUUCCUAUUUAGUGUAAAUGGGUAUUAAAAUAAGUAAAAUUCACCAUUUAGCCCGAAUCAGUAACGUCUUUUGUAAACAAUGCACGCGCUAUUGAGCCAAUGAUUGACGCCGCGUGAUGUGACAGUCACGUGUCGAAACAGUCAUUUGUAACAGAGAUAUUAAAAGAUCUCUGUGAAACAAAUUGGCGUCACAAAUGACCUGCAGCAAACAGAUUUUAUUCCUGAUAUUCUGAAUUUGUCUGUGAUAGCUGUCAUAUUUCCAGACUUAUUUCUAGAAUUAAAAAAAAGCUUUAAUGUUUGAUGGGUCACAUGCCAAAUAUAACUUUAUGUUGCUUUCCCCACGAAUUCUGGGCGUAAAAAAAAAUGUUGAUCUCCCCUGUCAAAGGGUUAAAAUUAUAAGAUUUUGUUGUCUGAGAUAUUUGAUUGAUAAACGUGGUGUAUAUGGAUGCGCAUGUUUGUAUAUAAAAAUAAAUAAAUAAAUAAUUGUAUAUAUAUCGCCCUAAAAGGGUGCUAAAUUUAUUUUGCAAAAGACAUGUGUACCUAGGUAUAACUGCAAUCUGAUCAAAACACAGAUCCUAUUUCGUUUCGUUUUUUAUCGUUUAAAAUUGCAUUUAACUUGUCUUAACUACACUAGGAUCUGGAAGUGUUGUUAUUUAACCUGAGUUCUGGAUGGCGUGAGGGAUUAGCCAACGAAACCAUCUGUUAAGGCGACUUCUUGGCGUGCAAUGCAUGGAACUGUGCGUGGGUAAACCACUAAAAACAUCAACACGGAUUGAUAAAUCAAUAUCUGAUGUCACAGGGUCAAAAGCCGCUUGUACGACCUCUGAUGUGACCUUCCAGUACAACUGGUCAGAACUGCUGUGGGUAAACCACUAGAAACAUCAACGCUGAUUGAUUAAUCAAUAUCUGAUGUCAUAGGGUCAAAAAAUGGUGGUACGACCCCUGACAUGACCUUCCAGUACAACUGGUCAGAUCUUCGUGUGGAGGCCAUCGAAGUAUAAAUAAAACGAAACGACAUAUAGAUCUGUAUUAUAAUCAGAUAGGUAUAACUGUAUCAGUUUGUAAAUAAUUGUGUUUUUACGUGUACACCCAAACCAACUGUAUUCACCAACCUUUAUAGUAAAGUGUUGUUGACAAAA